AUGGAGUCGAAAACUGUGACUUUUGCAAUUGGCCGCGGCGCCGAAACGGCGCUGCUGCCGAAGCAUUUGAACAACGCGGAGGAAAUGGUGGCGCAGCUCGAGCGGCAGUUGAAGGACAUUCAGGCGGAGUCUUCUUACCUGUGGAUUCGGCAGCGGUCUCUGAACGAAACUGCGCAGAGUUUCCUGCAGCGGCUGUCUUGGUUGAAUUGUGUGGAGUUUUUGAUGCUGGUGGCAACAGCAGCAUUUCAUGCCCGCUAUAUUGUGGGGCUUGUCUCCGACAAACGCAUCUUAUAA